GUGACACUAAGGUAUAGGGUAAGCUCUUUAAUCAGACUCAUGUGACUACGCGCAUAGGUCCCGCGCAAGUCAAUGAGAAAAACGUGGAUAGUCGGUCACACGCGCCAGCGCCAAAAGCGGACACAACAUGACACAACGACAAGAAAAUGACAGCAACGCACUCCACAAGGCAAAGAACGCUUCAUCAUCACAACUCACUCAAAACUGGAACCGGCGAUGUUAAACCACAACCCCCCAUCAUAAGCGAAAGAAAAAAAGAAAAAAAAAAAAAAAAAAGUAAUGUCACACCCUAUACGAAAGGCCGCCGAGCCUCAACACGCUGCGUCUUUUGACCCAUGGAACUCACCGUCAACCGGCCACCAACGUCCGGAAUCAUGCCCCGGAACUGGCUGGCGCGAGUCCCGUAACCGCAAGCUCAACAGCCAAUUUCGUAGCGGCUUAUCUGGUGGCAAGCGUCUAAGCGACACAUGGGGUGCUGGCUCAGAGGAUUACGAUGUGAAGCGCAAGAUGUUGGUCCCCAAGGCCGUGAAAGAAAGGGCACAACGGAGCGUAAAGGACAUGCUCGUGCAACCAGGCAAGAUGCGUGAGAGUCUGGGGGUGAAGGAUGAGGCUCAGGGAAAAGGACAAGAAGCACUCAUGGAAUCAAGACAACUGGAGGAUGAAGCGAGAGAAGCAGAGCUGCCUCGCCGACGGAUGUUUGAUGGGGUGAUUGUUUAUGUUAACGGGAGUAGUUUCCCUCUCAUAUCAGAUCUCAAGCUCAAGCAGCUUGUCACCGAACAUGGAGGUCAGAUGUCAUUGCACCUCGGACGCCGGAGAGUCACCCAUGUCAUUCUAGGAAGGCCAGCUGGAGGAUACUCAGGCGCUGGAGGAGGUCUUGCUGGAGGAAAACUAGAAAAAGAGAUUAGGAGAACGGCUGGCUGUGGUGUUAAGUUUGUUGGUGCUGAAUGGAUCCUCGAAAGCCUGCAGGCUGGAAAAAGACUACCCGAAGCACGCUUCUCCAGUACUAAGAUAGCACCCAAGGCACAGGACAGCGUCUAUAGCCUCUUCUCGAGGCAGUCGAGUGGCCAGUCAUCCAAGGACUGAGCUAUACUCACCUAGGGGUUAUGUUUUUGUUUACCGGAGUUUAGGAC